AUGCGCACCUUAGACUACCUCGGAUUCCGAAUCACUGAAGGAGAAAUACGACCGGGACGGAAGGUCGACGCGCUAGCCAAUUUUCCACGGCCCCAGGACGCGCACGAAGUGAGGAGGUUCCUAGGACUCGCCGGAUAUUUCCGACGAUUUAUCGUAAAAUACGCCGAAAUCGCAGAACCACUCACCCAACUUACGGGAAAGGACGUGCCUUACUGCUGGCAAGAUGAUCAACAGACGGCUUUUGACACACUGAAGGACAAGCUGUGUACAGAACCAGUCGUCGCCAUGUAUAAUCCCAACGCGGCGGUUACGGAAGUGCAUACCGACGCGAGCGCGAAAGCGUUGUCGGGGAUACUGUUCCAAGGUGUGAGAACUACCGACCUCAGAAUGAUUUACGCUGUGAGUAAGUGA